AUGUCUUGGACGCCGUCAUGGACCUCGGACGAGAAGAAAGAGCUUAAAGACCUUCAGAAGCGUAACGAACAUCGUGAGAAGGAACUUACGAAAAUAUUCGGGACUGACACAAGACCUCACAAGUGGAACUGGCGCAACGAAUUCCCGAAAGCUGCAAAACUCAUAGAAUAUGCACAGGAAGACGCUACCCGAUAUAAGGGGUUAGUUCAGAAAGAAUUGACGAAGCUCUAUACUUGGCCAAACCUAGAGAUGACUGAUGACCAUAUCUUUACACCUGGCAAGGGAAUCUUUGCUACAUUCGACCGUGAGGAAAAUUGGUUUAAGAAAAUGGGCUUCUACAAAUACCAGACUCAUUACACCUUCUCCGAUAGUUGGGAUAAGGAAAUGAUGCCGGUAAAAAUUCUUGUCCCCAAGGAUUUGCCAGUCGGACAUAAAGCUCCGGUUAUGUGGUUCUUCCAUGGUGGUGGCUAUUGUACAGGAGCUGGCGACUUCCCCGCUUGGUAUUCUCAAACGGCUGUCAGUAGGGCCAAAGCCAAGAAAGCUAUCAUUAUCGCGCCGGAAUACCCCCUAGGCCCUGAAGGCAACUACAAAGACAUCGUGGACUGUCUGAGGGACUUCCUUGUCUGGUACAAGGAGGAUGGCUGCUUCGAGUCUGGCUUCACAAAGUGGACAGAAUGGCUUUAUAAGCGGAUACCUGUGCAGAACUUUACCAUCGACAAGGACCACGUGUAUGUCGAGGGCGAGAGCGCUGGUGGUCAAGCGGCUGUCACCGCAUUGUGGCUGAACGCUGCAGAGGAUGGGCCGAACUUGCCCAUCGACGUGGCGCUACUUCGAUACCCGAUGAUCGCGCAUUACAAGCGCAAGUGGGACAAGAUCGCCGACAAGGAUGGCAAGGUGAAUUACAUGGGAGUUUGCUUCACGAAGAAGGACGUUUUGCAGCGCGAAGCCAAUAUUACGGACCUGACCAAGUGGCUAGAAAGUCACAGUCUCGUACCAACUUGCUCGUCGCGCUGGCCUUCUGUGGGCAUGGCUUUCGCCUUCAUUCUCUCCGUUACAGAGAGAUGGCAAUGGUAUUUCCAACGCCAACAUUCUCUCCCCAAAGCUAAGAGAGACGAACUAGACUAUAUGGACGGUAUUGAGCGGGCGAACAAUACUCAAGCUAGUGUCUUGCAUCAACUUCUCCCGCCCAUAUACAUCUUUCAUGGAUGGAAUGACCCAAACUGUCCUAUCGAUAAUACUCAAGAGUUUGUGAGAGUAUUGGAAACGAAGUACCCGGAACGAUACAACAACGAUAAGAAUCUGCGAUUCGAUAUCGUGAAGAGGCUGGCGGUGAGAAAGAGCGAAAAUCCGGAUGGCUCCAUCAAUAAUGAGUAUAGUUCCGAUAACGUUGGGCACGGGUUUGAUUACUGGCUCAACGAGACGGAGGAGAAAUUCUUGAGAAAUGCCUAUGAUUGGGUUGGUGACCGUUGGAAGACUAGUUCGUAG